UGCACUUCGCACAGGCACGCACAGGCGCGAGCACCCGAACAUGAUGCACAGGGCUCUGAUCUCCCGGGGCGCGCGGCUGGUCCAGCAGGCCUCAGCCGAAACAGCCCUACUCGCGCGCACCACUCCGGCAGCAAUAUCAUGUUCUCAAAACCGACCGGCAUCCUCCGUCACCAUCCCUCCCCCCGCGUGCAUGCUGAGGCCUCUGGAGGCACCUUUCCGGUACCUGUUCGGGCCCGGCCCUUCCAAUGUCCCCCCGCGUGUCCUGGCAGCGGGAGGAAGACCCAUCAUCGGUCACUUACACCCAGAGAUGUACGAGAUUAUGAACGACAUCAAGAAAGGAAUCCAGUACGUCUUCCAGACACAGAACAACAUGACGCUGGCCAUGAGCGGUUCGGGCCACGCGGCCAUGGAGUGCGCCGUGUUCAACACGGUGGAGCCGGGAGAGACCGUGCUGGUGGCGGUUAACGGCAUCUGGGGAGAGCGCGUGGCGGAGAUCGCUGACAGAAUGGGUGCUAAAGUCGUCAACAUGGUGAAAACUCCAGGGGAAUACUUCAGCAAUCAAGAAAUCGAACAGGCCUUGGCCAAACACAAGCCUGUGCUCUUCUUCCUGACACAUGGGGAGUCAUCGGCCGGCCUUGCCCACCCAGUGGAUGGCAUUGGAGACCUGUGUCGCAAACACAACUGCCUUUUCCUGGUGGACUCAGUAGCAUCACUAGGGGCUACACCCUUGCUUAUGGACCAGCAAAAUAUUGACAUCCUCUACACUGGCUCCCAAAAGGCACUGAAUGCCCCGCCAGGCACUGCACCCAUCUCCUUCAACGAGAGAGCCUGUGAUAAGAUGUUCAACAGGAAAACCAAACCUGUCUCCUACAUGCUGGACAUGACACACCUAUCCAACUACUGGGGCAACGAUGGCAAACCAGCCAGAGUGUAUCAUCACACAGGUCCUGUUUCCGGGUUCUUUGCUUUGAGGGAGAGUCUUGCCAUUGUGGCAGAGAAGGGGCUGGAGGAGUCCUGGAGGCAUCAUCGCGAGGUAGCCGAGUACCUCUGGAAAGGACUGGAGGACCUGGGUCUUAAACUCUUCAUCAAGGACAAGGACUUGCGUCUGCCCUCAGUGACGACCAUCGCCAUCCCUGAGGGUUACGACUGGAGGGAGAUGCUGGCCUACAUCAUGAAGAACCACCAGAUGGAGAUGACAGGAGGGCUGGGACCUUCUAUUGGCAUGGUGAUGCGAGUGGGUCUGAUGGGCUACAACUGCAACAAGGCCAAUGCGGACAUGGCACUCCGCGCCCUGGCCGACGCCCUCCAGAACUGCAAGAAGAGCAGGGGAUAGCCCCGUCAUAGACACACAUGCACGCACACACCCACAUGCCACAUGCAUUCACACACACACACACACACACACACACACACACACACACACACACACACACACACACACACACACACACACACACACACACACACACACACACACACGCACGCAUAUGCACAUGAAAAUGCAAUCACACGCAAAUGCACACACAUACACGCAGACACAUCAAUCCGGGGGUUCCGGAAUUAAAAACCCUGCCAAAAGUUUCAUCCAACCAGAAGGAAACUGGUGGAAAUGGUAGGAAGAAACUGCGGCAGGGUUUUUACCCCUGUACCAGACUUUUGACACCUCUUCGGCACACAUACAUACACACAAACACAUACAUAAAUGAGUGAAUAUACUAUGAGCGAGCACACACACGAAACACAGACAUGUCUGGACAAUCUCCAUGUUGGAAUGGGCUCUGAGCCUGCCCAUGGAUGCUAACAGGCACAUAAAAGAAGGACAUAAUAAUUGUAAAUAAUUAAUUAUAUGUUUUGUUUGUGCCUCCGAUCAAGUUUUUAAUAAAACAGAAAAAAACAGUUUUUAUAAAAGGUU